CAUUUGAUGAUAAACUUGCAGUACACAUAUUUCUACUUAUCUCCCUUUUAUCUUUUUGAGUAAAAAGCCGUUUUCUCUAACUUUUACUAAUUUUUAUAAUAAUAAACAUAAUAAAAAGUAUUGAAUUUCUUCAUACAUUAUGUACAUGUCAAUGAAUGACCAUUAACACCAAAUUGCACAUUUGCACAGCUAAAAAAAUGAAUUUAUUACACUAGAACCAUUGAAAAAACUUUGUAUUGUAAAAAUCUUUGCUGUAUUGAUUUUACAUUUUCUAUUGCAUUGAACAUAACUGAACUCAAGUAAAAGCCAAAACCAGUAACAUAAAGUUAAAUAAUAAUAAUAAUUAGAAAACUAAAGGUCAGCUUUCUUUAUUAGCUGAUUUUAUGUUCAACAGAUGAAAGAAAAUUAAACAUGUUUGGAACAAGAAACGGGUAAAUAAACGAUGACAGAAUUUUUAGUUUUGGGUUACUACAACUAUCAUGUCUCAGUAACAUGCUCCUUAUUCACCUAGACAAGUGCUCUGAGGCUAUGGUACUGUAAUUACUGUAUUGCACUUAAACUAAAUGUUCUUACUGACAAGCUGCUUUGGUAACUGUUAAUUUAAUACUAGCUGGGAGUCACCUUUAUUAAAUGGUAAUGUUUGGCUUCUAAUAUAGCAAGAUUAAUUUAACUAAAUUACUGAGCCCCAGCAUUAGAACAAAACCUUAAGUUUCAUCAGGGUUUGUCUUGUUUUUGGUUAUAUCUGUUUUUCUCCUUACUGCAUGAGACUGAGGUCAUGCACAAAACGAGUUCUUGACUGCAGAAGAAGCAAGACUCGACAGAUGAGCUGAGAACGUCACACAGUCACAGCGGAAGCAUCGAAAAGAUUUGAUGUAAGAUUUUACAGAGAAAAGAGCCCAGCCUCACAUUUCAUUUCCCUACAAGAGGAUAUGAUCUUUCUGUUCUUACGAGGACUUGAAUUUCCUGUUUAACAAUUGUAGUUUUGAAAAAUAUGCAGAAUUGGACUGGUAUCUAAACUGAAGUCAUUCUUUAAAAAAAAAAAAAACUAAACAAAAAUAAUUAACAAAACGAAAUGCACCCGUGACACUCUCAAUUUAAGAGCUCAAAGGGAACAAAAGAAAGGAUUGGAAAUAUCAGAGGGAGACGGAAAGAGACUAGACACAACUGUCUGCCAGACUUCUGACUUUUGGAUAUCUAUGUCUUGAAUAUCUUGAAUAUGGCACACAACGACUUCAGUCCCUCAACCUUCAUUGGAUUAUAGAUCAGAGGAGUAAAACACCACGGCGCAAGACUAAGUGCGUGAGGCUUCGUCUCCAGAAUGCUGUGUUUUCUCCACACAGACUUGUAAAAUUUUACAUCUCAGUGAUGACAUCAUCAUCUGUUGGACACUGCUGAUUCUGUUAGGACUAUCAGACUGCACCUUUCAAGAACUACAAGAGCGGAGAAAGAAGGAUGAACGGGUUGACAGAGACCUCGGUGAAAUGUGUACUGGUUGGGGACUGCGCAGUGGGUAAAACGGCACUUCUGGUACGGUUCACCUCUGAAACUUUCCCAGAUAGCUACAGACCUACUGUCUAUGAGAACACUGGAGUUGAUGUCUUCAUGGAUGGAAUCCAGAUCAGUUUAGGACUGUGGGAUACAGCAGGACAUGAUACAUUCCGCCAAAUCCGGCCCAUGUCCUAUCAAGACGCCGAUGUGGUCUUGCUGUGCUAUUCAGUAGCAAAUCCAAGUUCUUUAAAUAAUUUGCGGCACAAAUGGAUCGCUGAGGUGAGGGAAUAUCUGCCGAAGGUGCCAGUACUGGUUGUUGCCACACAGACAGACCAUCGUGAGAUGGGCCCGUAUCGUGCUAACUGCACCACGUCCCCAGAGGGCAAGCAGGUGGCACAGGAGAUUCGUGCCAAGGGAUAUCUGGAAUGUUCGGCCCUUAGCAAUCGUGGCGUACAACAGGUUUUUGAGUGUGCUGUGCGAACAGCUGUAAAUCGGGCACGAAGACAGACAAGACGAAGACUGCUAAACCUUAACCCCUGUAAAAUCUCAUGAAUGCUUUUAAAGAAAGGAUCACUAAGAUAAAAUCGUUUCUCACACACAAAGUCAAGUAACUGAAGCUACAACAAAGACUUCUUAACACUGAUGUCUUAAUGCUGUUGACUCAAAAGAUUCUGAUUUUGAGUCUUCUGUUUAGAUUUCUAGACACAGUAUACAUACUGAACCUAUAUUUAUUCAGUGAAAUGGUGUUUCUUUGAAGUUUUAUGAAUAUAAAAUUAUUCUGUUUUUUUUUUAUUUGUAUUAUUAUUUUUAAUUUUGUUGUUGGUCUUGAACUGCUCAGAUGUGGUUACAUUUGUAGAUUGUAGCACUUCUAGUCUUAUUUUUUUAUUUAAAUGUUGAUGUUUUGACAUUUAAAAAACAAGAUUUAGUUUUGUUUUCUUUCUAACUGAAAUGGACCUUUAAACUCACUUCAGACCUUUUAAAUACAGGUUCACAUAUGAGAUCAAUGAGACCAAAUUCUGUAUUGUUAAUUUUAGAUGACAAAUACAUUUUUGUAUUUCUGAUUUGCUAAAAAAAACUUUUUUUAUUAUUAACACUGUUUUUAAGCUUUCAGGAUUUGUUUCUUUUCAGAAAUUCUCCAUUUUAAAAACUUCAAAUUUGAUUUGUCUUUUUGUAGUGAUAUAAAUAAGUAGAUGUUUAAUAAAAAAAAGAGUUUCCAAAUGUA